UUUCUCGCUGAAUUAAUUUUACCUAAGUAACCACAAGUUCGACGUUCGCGUAGUAAAGGAAAUUUUUACAUUUUAGCCUUUAGCUUAUUGUUAAUGAAAACACGAAAGAAAUUUAUUUUAUUUGGCUUACAUUAUUUUAUUGACGUUCUUUUAUUAUUGAAAUAAAAUGACUAACACUGUGGAAAUAAUGUUUACUCACUGUUCUUGGAAAUUGCCGUUUGAGAAAAUUCCGCAUUUUAAAAAGGGUUUUUCAUCUCAACAUGUCACAGAACUGCGCCAGCAGAUGUCUGUGUUGGAAAGACAGCUUAAUGGACAACUUAAUUCGUAUGCAUCAUCUCUCUUGAAUCUUCCUUUAUCAAGCCAAUCCUCUUUGUCAGCUCUAAAUGCAAAUCUUCCUCUACCAGCUGUUAAGACGAGCACAAAACAGCAUCCACCUUUGACAGCGAGCAACAGCGUGGCAAACUGCAAUGCAGCUUCUCACUUAAAAGCACUCGUCUCCAGAGAACAUCGCAAAUUAGAUAGGAGUGUGAGCGAGCCAGUUUCCCAACAGACAACAAGACCUGUCCAAUCCAAUUCAAGCAGAUACAAAACAGAACUUUGUCGCCCUUUUGAAGAAAAUGGUACUUGCAAAUAUGGAGACAAAUGCCAGUUUGCUCAUGGCCAAGGGGAAUUAAGAAAUCUUACCAGACACCCCAAGUACAAAACUGAAUUAUGUCGUACGUUUCAUAGUACCGGCUUCUGUCCCUACGGCCCAAGGUGCCACUUUAUCCACAACAGUGAAGAUUCCAAAAAGUGCCUUUUGAAUAAUUUACAGAGCAGCAACAGCAUACCAGUUAAUGGACACUCCCCAUCUAAACAAGCUAAAGAUUAUGAUAUCUGCGCUUUCAGUAUCGGUUCUGCUGGAGAGUUGUCCCCAACCAAUAGUACCAGCAGUUGUUCUAGUGGAUCUCCGCCAUCUUCUCUCAAUGGUUUCUACCUUGAUGAUAAUCAUGCGUACUCAGUACCACAAGUUCCUCAAACAGCUCCCCCAACCUUGAGCAGUGGUGUGUUCUUCCCCCCUGAUUACCUGCCCUUAAAACCCUUACCACCUUUGGUGCGAAAGGAAGAGUAUUCACCUUCCCAAGAGGAAUGCUUGAGUGACGACGUAAUAUCGUCUAUUGACCUGCUAGUGUCUGAACUGGAAAUGAACCCUCUUGCUGAUGUAAACAGCAAUGCUGAUUCGUUUUCCAAGCCCUCUCACUCUGUUGCUGUCGAUAUCAAUCGUAAUAUUAUCAGGCUUCCCAUUUUCCAUUCAUUGGCAAUCGGAAACUCUCCUUAAUCGAUGGAUCUUUUUGGGUUCAGACUUGUUGUUCCUUUUUAUUUUGUUAAGACUGAAGCCGAAUUGGCUUGAUUUCUUUAGACGCCAGUGUGUAAGGCAUAGUCUUGAACUCUACUACCAAAUUUACAUGCUGGAUAUGGAGUUUGGACUAUUUACAGCUUGGAAUUUUUAAUGAAACAUUUUUAAGCUUUAUCAAAAUGUAUAAAUUAUUAACCCUUAUAUAUAUUUAUCCUUUUUUUUUGUAUUUAAUAUUUCUACUUUUUUGUUACGUGUGUGUAUAUUCCCUUCAUGUAAUCUUAUUUUUAAAAAAGUUAAUUUAAAACAAAAAGUUUAUAUAUAAGCUUUGUAGGUUUCUUUGGAGCACUUGUGGGUAUGAUGUAAUGCAAGGGCAUUAACUGUUGUAUUUAUUUUCUCCUGCCCAGGAUGGUUGGAUUGUAAUUUAUAAUUGCCAUUUUUCAUCUUGAAUCAACAAAAAAAUUCAUCAAUAAUCUCAAAUUGCUUUCUGUGUACUCUGUAAAUUAUAAUGUGAUGUAAAAUUUAGGCAUAUUUUUGUAGUGUUUGUAUAUUUUUACCAUGCAAGUCAGCAUUUAAUGAAAGUGAUUGAAAUUUUUAAGAUCUUUUUACUUUUUAUGUGCUAAUUGCUUCAUUUACUUAAUCUGUUGGUGUCUAAUUUGCGUACUCUUUGAAGUAAUUUUUUCUACGUGAUUAAGCACAUAUUGUUGUGAUAAAAUGUGACAUAUUAAAAACCAUUUAAUGUGCCUUAACCACCUUUCGUAAUCUUUCUAUGCUUAACAUUUUUGUAAAGCUUGGGGACCAGUUUUUUAAUUCUAUUUGGAUUUUAGGCUUAUUUGAUGAAAUUAGAUUAGCAUUUUUAUUUUUCUCUUAUCUUGUAUUUAUUUAAGCAUAUGUAAAGUACAUCACAUGUCACAGCUUUUGUUUAUUCUUAUUACAAGUUCUCUUUCACUCCCUGUCCUUCUAAAAAUAUGAGUAUUAAGAUUUAAUUUAAAUGGUGCUUUUAGAGUUUAUUGUCUGUGUUAAGUAUUGCUGUUUUUUUUUAAUUUAAAGUUUGAUCUGUUAAUUUUGUGUUAAGGUAUGUUCCCGUGAUCUAUUAAAAUUAAUUACUCUUGUUUUAUUUAAUCCAUCUACAUCUAUUUUUUUUUUCAUUGAAUUAUUAAACUACAUAUUUUACUAAUUUUAGAUACAUAAUAGAAGUUCGUUAGAAAAUAUGAGUUUAAACUUAAAAUAACCAUUAGUAUCUUAAAUUAACUAAAAAAAAUUAUUUGGUGUUAAUUAAUAUGUAUCUAUAUUUUUUUCUUGCAAUGACUCUUAACUUGAGUUUUAAAUAACUACUUUAACCAACGAAAUAUAAAAUUUAUUCUGAGCCUUAGGGUCAAUUUUUUUUAAAAAAUGUCUUUUUCUGACUUAAAUUUUUUUUUCUUCUCAAAUAUUAAUCUACUUCAGUUGUUUUUUUUUAAUGUUGGAUACUUGAAAGAUAUCUAAUAUUAUUUAAUUCCUAUUAUUUUCAUAUUCGCCAAAAUAAAGGGGAAACAAUAAUAAAUCAAAUUGUAACCAGUGGUGUAAUUCGGAAAAAUACAGAUGCAUGUGUUAUGUUUAAAAAUUCGCCUCAAAUAUAUAUAUUAGAAAUUCUUUAAUAAAAACCAUUAAUUUUUUAUACUGAAAUAACUGAAAAAAUUUUCUAAUUACAUUUUUUUUUUCUUAAAAAAUAUUUAUAAUUUUAAGUGUUUAUUGACACUAUAUUACUGUCCCAACCACUUUUUUCAUAAUCAGCUCUGAAAUUUUUUUUAGCUUUACUAGUAUUUUAGGAGCCAAUCAAUUAAUCAUUUAAUCUUCAUCAUAAUUGAUUACUAUAAAAAAUGUUUGUAAAUACAUUUUGGGAACAUCCUUGAUGUGCUAAGUUUUAGUCAUUCUUUAUACUUAUGUUUUUUGAGUGUAUCAUAUUUAUAUAAUUUAUUUAUUUAAACUAAACUGUGUGCUAGUAGGCUAAGUGGACAAGUUAUCUGCUCACUUUUAAUUUUUAUAUAUAUAUGUAGGCAAACAUUUAUUAGGUCGGUGUGUAAGUGAUUUGCCAAAUAUGCAGUAUUGGUAAGUCUUUAUAUUAAAGUCAGCUUUGGAGAAUUUGCUGUGUUUUUAUAAUUUAAAAUAACUGUCAAAUCGCACAAUUUAAACCUUACUGCAUCUUUGUAAUUGUAUAUGUCUAAUGCUGAUAUGCAUAUGUUGAUAUUGUACAGUUAAUAAUGAUCAAAAUUAACAGUGAAUUUCUCUUUGAAUGGUAAUUGUAUAGUUUAAAGUUGUAUAAAUGCAUAAGUUUUGUUACAUUUGGUGCUUUUUGUAUGAAUAAUGUCAAUCAAAAUUUAUUUCUCAAUUUUGUUAAAUCUAUCUGUUUGUUAACAAAAAAAGUUAGUCGUUGGUACAGUCUUCCUAUGCCUAUGUAUAGGUGCUUCCUGAGGAUAUAGUGAAAUCUUAGGUGCAAUAAGAAAAAUCAGAAUUUUAUUCUAUGCAUCAGAAAAUUUAAAAAGAAACAAUUGAGAUUUGUAAAUUUUUAUUAUAUUGAUGCCAUUAUGAAUAGUAUUUUAUUGCUGUAAAAAAAUUUUAAAAGAAAAAUUAUAUAUAUUUAAGAAAUUUUAUUAUUUAUUUAGAAAUAUAUUGAAGGAAAUAUUUUUUUUUGUUUUAAAGGUGUUUUGAUUUAUGUGAGGAAUGAUUUUUUUUUUUUUUGUGAAUCCGAAUUUUUUUUUAAUUUUAUUUAAUAACUCCCAUGACAAAGGAAGACUGAAUGUCUUAUUUUUGGAACUGAAUGUCUUAUUUUUGAAACUGAAUGUUUUAUCUUAUCAUUAUUUUUAUUAUCAGGUUAAGAAACAGAAAGCUUGGUUAUUAAAAUGUUUGUGCCUUAAAUGUUAUUUUUUAUUUAUUUUUUUCAUCUGAAUUGUUGACUGUACAUUAGUUAACCAUAAUUACAAAUGGAAGUUAUAAGUACAUUCCCUAUUACAAAUAAAGCAUUUUUAAUCCGGUUGAAA